AUGGCUCCACAAAUUCCAGAAUCUGAUCAGAUGAAACAAUCUAAAGAAUUUCUUGGAACCUACAAUGAACUUACAGAAACAUGCUUUCUGGACUGUAUUAAUGACUUCACACCAAGAGAAGUUAAACCUGAAGAGACCACCUGGUCAGCACAUUGUUUAGAGGCGUCUUUAAAAAUAACCCUAAGAAUGUCCAUGAGAUUUCAGGAAUAUUACAUUCAGCAGAAUGAAGUGCUAGCAGCCAAAGCAGGACUCCUCGGCCGGCCACGACAGAGAAGUCCUGAUCAGUAG